AUGAAGGACCAUCAGAGAGAGUCAGCCAAACAUGUGUGGUGUCAGUUUGGGAAACCCACUGGCAAAAAUUAUCGUUUUACUUUAGUGAUGCCAAAAAUAGCUUCAGUAUUGAGAAACCUUGUUGAAGAUGAACAACUAAGUGGAAAUGGAUGGAUAAUGCAAGCCUUCAAACUGAGUGUAAACAUGCAGAAGUCACCAAGUCUACAGAUUCUGCUUUUUAUCUUUUUGCUCAUCACCUACCUACUGAGUGUCAUUGGGAAUCUGACAAUCAUUGCCCUUACUUUUGUGGAUUCUUGCCUUAAAACUCCUAUGUACUUCUUUCUCCAGAAUUUUUCUUUCUUAAAAGCCUCUUUUACCACUGUCUGUAUUCGCAGAUACUUGUAUCUUGCUACUGGGGACAACACAGUGACUUACAACCCUGUGCCGCUCAAUUAUUUUUUUGUCAUCGUCCUGGGUGUGACGGAGUUUUUCCUCCUCACGACCAUGUCCUAUGACCGCUACGUGGCCAUCUGCAAGCCUCUGCAUUACAUGACCAUCAUGAACCACAGGGUCUGCAUCAGGUUCCUUAUUUGCUGCUACAUUUUAGCACUGCUCAUUGUCCUCCCACCUUAUAUUAUGGGAUUUGAUCUGGAGUUUUGUGACUCCAAUGUCAUAGAUCACUUUGGCUGUGAUGCUGCUGCUGCCCCCAUCCUGAAGAUUUCCUGCUCUGAUACAGAGUUUUUAGAGCAGUUUGUCUUGGUGCUGGCUGUGUUGACUCUCAUUUUCACCUUGGUGUGUGUGAUUUUGUCCUACAUAUAUAUCAUCAGAACCAUUCUGAGAUUCCCUUCUGUCCAACAAAGGAAAGAAGCCUUUUCUACUUGUUCUUCCCAUAUAAUUGUGGUUUCUAUCACAUAUGGAAGCCGCAUCUUCAUCUAUAUUAAACCACAGGUAAAGGAAGGGGUUGCUAUGAAUAAGAUGGUGUCGGUGCUCAUGACUUCAAUUGCCCCAGUAAUGAAUCCCUUCAUUUACACUCUGAGAAACAAGCAAGUGAUACAAGCUUUCAAAGACAUGCUCAAAAGGAUUGCGUCUCUCUCAAAGAACUGA